UUAUGGGAAGUACUAGAGAUCGUUGCUGAGCGGGGUAAGAAGUAUCGGGUUAGGUGGGCAGGUAACGAUCCCAAGACCGGGAAACCGUGGCCGUUAGAUUGGGUACCUAAGCAUGACUGCACGGAUCACCUCGUGGAAGAAUGGAAGAGG